UCAGCAGAAAUACAGCAACUGCUUAUGCGAUUCUCAUUUGUCAUUGCUUAAUAGGUCAUGAGCUAGCAGCUAGUCUCGCUGGUGGGAUUCGUCAUUCGCCGUCACCACUAAAAUAACACAUCGCCGAAGUUGCGAUAAUUGAGCGAAACGCGCUUGCGAGCCAUCCCGUUGCAGUGCAUCCGCGCGAACGAGAGCUGCACACGCAGGUGGUUCGCGCAAAACACCUAACGUAACGUCAUUCGCGGACGUGCGGCCAACAAAAGUGCAAAACAAUCGCAUUACUCAGUGCGCCCGACGGCCCAACGCCUCGAUAAACAAUAUUGAAUCAACAGGAGCAAAUACAACCAGCAAUCAUGGUUGAUAGACUUGUUAACAGUGAGGCAAAUACUCGAAGGAUAACUAUGGUGGAAAAUUGUUUUGGCAGUUCAGGACAGCCUCUUGGAGUACCAGGAAGAGUGUUAGUCGGUGAAGGAGUGCUAACGAAAAUGUGCCGAAAGAAACCCAAAGCUCGUCAAUUCUUCCUCUUCAACGAUAUCCUCGUCUACGGCAAUAUAGUCAUCAACAAAAAGAAAUACAACAAACAACAUAUUAUCCCACUCGAAGAAGUGAAACUAGAAAGCUUGGAUGACGAUGAAUAUCAUAAUGGUUGGUUGAUAAGAACUGCCUCGAAAUCUUUCGCCGUCUACGCAGCGACUCAGGCGGAGAAGAAGGAGUGGAUGGCACAUAUUAAUAAAUGUAUCGAAGAGUUACUGAGGAAGAGCGGUAAGAAAGCAGUGGCUGAACACGCGGCUGUCUGGGUGCCCGAUGGAGACGCGACCACGUGUAUGCACUGUAAGCGAUCGCAGUUCACGCUGAUUAACCGAAGGCAUCACUGCCGUAAGUGCGGCGCUGUCGUGUGCGGGCCGUGCUCGAACAAGCGCUUCUUACUGCCCAGUCAAAGUUCAAAGCCGCUGCGCGUGUGUCUGCAUUGCUACGAACUGCUGACGUCCACUCACAGUGGGAAUGAUAUUAGGGGAAAUGCGGAUACUUCAGGCGAAGAGGAUACCGAUGAUGAGGAUGAUGGGCAGAAACCAAAUAUGGCGCAUGAUUUGCCAAAAUUCUACGGAGACGAUAAGAAUGAAUAAUCUCGGUGGGUUGUUGCGUUUUUCGGUUUAUUUUUAUUCAACGGGGCAACAAGUCAAUCAAAAUGAUUCUAUUUCUGUUUUAAUUCAAACAUUUACUCAAUAAUUAAUUUAAUUUAAGUUACUCGGUUAAAGUGUCUGCAUUUCUUUAGAUAAAAAUGGAAAAAUUACUCUCGAAAGUCACAUAAAGUUGCGCCGUCUGAUACUGUUAUUAUUUUAAUGGUAAUAGGGCUAUUCUGAGGUGGAAGCAGGAUGCAUCUUGAGAUUGUACUUAGAAUGCUCUAUCACAUAACGAUUCGUAACAACGCAACGUCUGCUCGGCUUCUAAAUAAAGUAACAAUAAACUAUGUUAAUCGUCGUAAUAAAAUGCGAAUGCGUCAGCUGACGGAAUCAAAAUCGGAGUUGUUUUAACAUAUUGGCCAAAUAUUUAUUUAUUUUUAUGGUUGGUUCGAUGAAGGUGCGUACUUGUAUCCGAAAUUGAUGGAAAGUCUAAUGAAGUUGAUAGUAUGUUAUUUGUAUUUACACAUUAUACAAUAAUUUAAUGUUCAUUAUGUUUCCUAAUGUUUAAUCACGCAAUUAUAAAUAAAUAGAUAAUAGAUUUAUAUAUUUUAUAACACAA